AUGGCCACGAUCCGCACCAUCUCCCCCUCCACCAACCAGGUUGUGGUUGAGCAGCCGGCCACCAGCAUCGGGCAGGCCCGCGACAUCGCCAGGCGAUCCCGCGAUGCCUUUGCCUCGUUCAAGCUUCUACCCAUGACAGAGCGCCGGGCCAUUGUCGUCAAGGCGCUCGGGCUGAUCCAGGAACGCAAGAUGGCCCUUGGUCGCGAACUUUCGGAGCAGAUGGGCCGCCCCAUCGCCUAUUCACACAAGGAGAUCGAAACGAUGCAAAAGCGCGCCGACUAUCUGCUCGAGAUCGCAGAUGAGGCCCUCGCGCCGCUACCCGGCAAGCCAGAGAACGGCUUCAGGCGCCAAAUCAAGAAGAUCCCUCGCGGCCCUACGCUGGUUGUCUUUGCGUGGAACUUUCCCUACCUCAUCAUCGUCAAUGCCCUGGUGCCCGCUCUUUUGACGGGUAACAGCGUCAUCCUCAAGCCGUCGCCGCAGACGCCGCUUGUCGCUACGCGCCUCGUCGAGAUCUUUGAGGAGGCCGGCCUGCCCAAGGACGUGCUCACCGUGGUCCAGUCGGGUGACCCGGAGACAAUCAAGCAGCUGGUGCAGAUGCCCGAGAUUGAGCUCGUCAGCUUCACAGGCUCGACGGCCGGUGGACUCGCUAUUCAGGAGGCAUCGGCGGUGCGCUUCCUGCCCCUGAACCUCGAGCUGGGCGGCAACGACGCAGCCUACGUGCGUGCCGACGCCGACCUGGCCUACGUCGCCGCACAGCUUGUCGACGGCGCCGUUUUCAACGCCGGCCAGAGCUGCUGCGCGGUCGAGCGCAUCUACGUGCACGCCGACGUGCACGACCGCUUCGUCGAGGAGCUGCAGAAGGAGCUGCAGACAUACAAGCUGGGCGACCCUCUCGACCCGUCGACCAUGGUCGGCCCCGUCGUCUCGCGGGCUGCACAGGCCGCCAUCGCGGCGCAGGUGCAGGACGCGCUGGCCAAAGGCGCAGUUGACGCAACGCCGCCCAACGCCAGCUUCGCAAGUGCGCCGUCCGAGGGCAACUAUGUGGCGCCAGUGCUGCUGACGGGAGUGACGCACGACAUGCAGGUGAUGCGCGAGGAGACGUUUGGCCCGGUCAUCCCCGUUGCCCGGGUCGCCAGCGAUGCCGAGGCUGUGGCGCUCAUGAACGACAGCGACUACGGACUGACGGCCAGCGUGUGGACGCGCGACCUGCCCGCGGGGGAGGCGCUGCUCGAGCAGCUCGAGGCCGGCACCGUCUUUGUGAACCGCUGCGACUACCCAAACCCGGACCUCGCCUGGACUGGCUGGAAGAAAUCCGGCCUCGGUUGCACCCUCGGCCCGCGCGGCUUUGAUGCAUUUUUCAAGCUCAAGAGUUACCAUGUCAAGGAGAACCAAGCAUGA